GGGCUUAUAUUAUGACAUCACGUGAGGGAGAGGAGAGAUAUAACAGAAUGACAGAGCUCACACACCUGCAGACAAACAGCAGCAGCACAUUGCAAACACAAGUAAAACUGUAACUGUACGGAUUAUAAUCACCCUGCAGAGUUUCAUCCAUUUGAUAUUAACUAUGUCUCCUGAUACCAGCCUGUUUCUCCUCAUCACUGUCUGGGCUUCAGUGCAGGAUGGUUUCGGUCUUCCUGUGAUGAAAGAUCAGGAUGUGGAGACCAGUGAAAAUGUCCAGACACAGAGAGUGAGAAUGAAGCGCUGCGCCUGCAGCAGCCAGAUGGACUCUGAGUGCCACUACUUCUGCCACCUGGACAUCAUCUGGAUCAACACACCCAGCAAGACAACAGCCUAUGGUCUGGGAAACUCUCCAUCCCGGCGCAGGAGGUCCAUUUGUCGCUGUACAUGUGCAAACCCUGACGAUCAAACCUGCACCAACUUCUGCAAUCUCAGUCCUGGAAGCAUCCCCUCAAAAAGAUCCAUGAAGAAACGUCAACUUGGCAUACUCAGCUUCUUGAGGGCGACUGCCAUCAGGUCCAAGCGAGUUCUGGAUCCACCCGAUUCAAAAAUAUCCUCUAAAGCGCAGAGACCGAACAUCCGCUAAACAACGUGCCUGUUAAGGCAACGAGUGAGAGAAGAGGAGAGCAGCGAGCACCUGAACAAAUGUCUCUGUUAAUAGAGAAAGGGCAACAAUGGGCUGCUGAAAGAAAGGCCCAAGUGCCACACAAAAAUGAGGGUGGAAAACGUGGCAGAUCUGCAAACAGAAACAGAGCCAGAAAGUUCGCUUUGAGAGGAGCUACUGUCAGGGCUGGCGUCAUGUUUGACUCUGGUCUGUAAUAGCUGGAGCAGCUGUGACUUUGCACUGGCCAGCACUGACACAAAUGGAUGUAAGAGAGGAAAAGAAACAUGCAUACUGUACAUACAUGUGCAGGAAUGCCUCAUACAGAUCAUGUUUCCAAUAAUCUUUUGGGACAAGACAUAAAUCAUGUCAUAAAUCCUGACAUAUUAUUUUCUUUUUUUAUGGAUCAACAGUCUUAUUGUUUUCCUUUUUAUACAAAAAUACUUCUGUCAUGAAUGACCCAAGAGACACAUGUUAAAAAAAUAUUUAGAGCACUGAAAAUUAUGUUUCUGUAUAGUUUUUACUAU